AUGGAGACUAGGGGACUGAAAACAUUAUUCGCAGGAGGGGUUUCUUCUACAAUACCAUUGGUGACGUUACAAGCAACUUUGUAUCUGGUAGGACCCAUUUUAGGCCACGAUAUUCUCGAUUCUGAAGAAUUCUUUGAAACAAUGACAUGGGUAGUGAAUGUAGGAAUGAUGGCAGGAAGCUUAGUCGCAGUGUUGUAUAUCGAUAAAUCAGCCACUUGCUAUUAUUAUCUAACAUUUAUAAGUGCAAUGGGAUGUCACUCCCUUGUUUUCCUAACUAUUAGACCAAAUGACGAAUUUUUAUGGUUGGUACUAGGAGUGUCAAUGGGAACAUUUUCAACUAUAUGUCAAUACAAAGUUAUUUUACGUGCAGCUAUAUAUGAAAAAAAGGAUUAUGCAUUGGGGUUAAUUCCAUUGGCUAUCGCAGGAAUAACAUUUGGAAAUUUAUUAGGUAUCGGUAUACAGUAUUAUGUUUUGAAAAGGUUUCCCUUGAGUAAUACAGUAGAUGAAAAGAUGUUUCUUAUAUACGUAUGGAUUUUUACAAUAACAGUUAUGAUAUUAUCAGUUAAAUUUUAUACUGAUAUUGCUGUAGAAAUUGAUCAUGGAGGAAUAUCUAUGAACAAUGACAGGAGUAUAUCCAUUUUUAAUCACUAUGACUCUUUUAAGAGUGGAUUUAAAUCUUUUAAAUUAGUUAUAAAUCCACUAUUUCUCUACUUAACAUGUUUAACACUGGAAUCAUUCUUCAUACCUGGAUCUGGUUAG